AUGGCCCGCCGCUGUCCCGGCAGCAGGCUGCUGGGCACCGCCGUCCUGCCCGGCUUCCGCUGGCAGAUCAACCAGCGCCACUACGCAAACGUCGUCGAGGCCAGCGGCGACCAUCAAGGCGGCGUCGCCGGCCUGCUGUACGAGCUGGCCGGCCCCCGCGACGAGGCCGCGCUCGACAGGGCCGAGGGCGUCGCGAUGCGCUGCUACGAAAAGAAGUACCACAGCGUCCUCUUCCGCGAGGCCCACCCGCUCCUUGCCCGUCGCGACGUCGCCGGGAUCGUCAGCCAGGGGGGCCCUGCCGCCGUCCUGGUCGCGGCGGGUUCUGUACCCGGCGAGCAGGGCCCCACCGCCCCUUGCUGGGUUGACGGCGUCCUGGUGUAUCUGAGCACCGACUACGUCGAGGAAGGCACCCCGUACGACGAGUACGUCGGCCGUCUGGGUCUGGGAAUCACCGACUCGAUCGCGUUGGGCGUCGACCCUGAAUUCUUCAGGCGCUCUUUUGUACCUUAUGCCUCGGAGCUGGAGAAGGAGAUAGAUUUAUUUUUUUUACGUAAAAUUUGCAUAUUGUUACGACCCGGCAGCAAGCUGGCAUCAGGUUACAGGAAGAGGCUUGGUGGAAAGCAGGAAGCGGGGUCGUUCCCUGGUUACGUAACCCAAGCAGGUUUUUCCCCAAAUGCUUUAACGCGUACCGUAACAAUAUUAAUUAAUAUAAAGGAUAUAAACAUAUCUUACAUAUUAACCCUUUUAAAAGGAACGCGCUCCUGUAAGGAGGACUUAAGGGUGGAGUUUUUUGCUCGCGGAACUCCAAACGGCAUAAAACUGAACUUUAAUAAUUAUCAAAAGGUAAAUUUAAUUAAAAUGUUCGCAUGCAUGGAAAUCCGGUUUCAAAGUUCCAGAAUUAUUAAAUUAAAGGUUGGAAAUUUCCGAAAUUGUGGUAAAUUAAAUGGGAAAUUUUUAUGGUAUUUAGGAAUAGGUGCGUUAAAAGCAAAGUUACGUACACUCCGGAAUCGUUAUUUGCAGCUCCAUUAUAAACUUUCCACCUAA